CUCCCUGAAUUAUGUCCCCCAUGUUUAAACGUUACGAAAGUGGUGCUCUAGCUAGCCAGUAGCGAUACGUACAAAUGAAAUGUAGGCCUACAAUAUGAAAGCCAGAGGUAAACUACUUCAGGUUGUCAUUUAGCCGACGUUCGGACAUAUCUCAAUUUAAAUUGAAGAAUGACUUCCCCGUCCUCUCACGACCGCAGUCGGAGCGAGGACGAGGACGACCCUGUGGACCAGAUGAUCUCGCGCACCGGCUGCGCCGAUCUGCACUAUGCCGUGCAGGAGUGCAUGGCGGAACAUCAGGACUGGCGUAAGUGCCAAAUCCAGGUUCAGACCUUUAAAGAGUGCAUGAUGGCCUUCCAGAACUCCCGGAAGGAACAGCUGAUGAAACAACGACAAGCAGCUUCCGGGUCGUCAUAGAUACCAACCAACAGACGCAAACAUUGUUCUACAGGAUGACAUCUUGCUUCAUGUUCCCUUGUGGAGCUGGACUAAAUACUCUACGAUACAGUUAGAAGUUGUUGAUGCUAGUCUAGUAGUAUAUGUGGGUGUGUUCAAGGGAGAGAGUGUUAGAUAACACCUCAUGCCUGUAUCUGUAAUGGAUUGGAUGGAUUGGAUGGAUUGUACGAUCACACAGAAUCAUACUUGUUUUUAUUUAGCUUUAAUGUCCUUAAUAAAACGGUAUUGGAUCAUUAGUUUAAGGAUUCCUUUUGAAAUACCUCUGCAACCCACCUGAGAAUAACUUUAUUGACAUCACAACAAUGAUGCCUCCAACUGGUGAUGCUCACGCUAUUACAUAUUUCAACCACACAGUGGUAGUGUGGUACAAUUUCAGAGCCUUGUGAAGCAUCAUAACUGUCACCUUAAUUAAUGGAUGGAUGGAUGGAGGAUCAUGUCUCUUCAUAUGUUUGCACUGGUUCAGUCAGUAGUGAAUUAAAGCCUUAUUCUAUUGUGGUAGGGUGAAAUAUAAUGUAAUUCUUCUACAA